AUGUGGACCUGCGACAGCGGCUUCUCUAAGGAGGCCCCCGAGACCCACACGUGGGGAGGCGGAGGGGCAGCCGACGCUGCUGGGACGGGAGCGGGCCGAUGGCACCGGCAAUACGGUGCUGGCCCCGAAGAGCCCGUGCGGGGAAAGCCCCACGGAGGCUUCAGGACUGGACUUGAAGGGGAGUUCCCGACUCCUCCUCUUGCCCGGGAGCCUGGACAACCAAGCCACGGCCUCCGCCUGCCCAGCACCGUGUACUCGUCCUGCACUGUCACUCGGGAUCCUUGUCGAGGUCCGGGCGCGAGGGGCAAGUACGCUAUCCGCGUGGUCACCAGGGACUCGCUCCUGGCGGGUUCCAGAAACCUGGUGCAGCUGUGGCUCGUGGGCGAACAGGGGGAGGCCGACCUGGGCAAGAAGCUGUGGCCCGUGCGCAGUGAGACGGAGUUCGAGGUCAGCGUCCCCGUGCACCUGGGGCGCCUCCUGCUGGCGAAGCUGCGCAAAAUCCUGCUGGACGACGCCUGGCUCUGCGAACGGGUCUGCGCGCGGCCCCGGGACCCAGGGCGAGGCCCGCUUCCCCUGCUACCGCCGGGCCGGAGAGGGGACAGGCGGAAGGGCGGGGCCGGCGCGGACCGGGUCCAGGGAGGCCUGUGCUCGUGCCGUCCCCCAACCCGGACCCUGAGCGACGACCACCAGGACUUCCUUCAGGCGCAGCGGGAGCAGGAACUCCAGGAGAGAAAGAAGGUGUACCGGUGGGGCUCCCGGAAAGACGGCCCAAUCCUGCCGGUGGCCGGGAGGACGGAGUGUGACCUCCCCAGGAACCAGAGAUUCCUGGAGGAUAAGGAUUUCGACUUCAGGGUCUCCCCGGCGAAAGCGCCAGCGCCCGGGGCCGGAGGGCUUGGCCUCGAGGGUUCCCUGGACCUCACACAUCCAGUUAAAAUAGCGGAAGACUUCAAAAGAGCAUCCCGGCGCGCAGGGACUCCCCUGGCUGGCUUCCGAACGGAUGUCUUCAGAGCGGGUUCCAAGUUCAGGGAAGGAGGACGCCUUCUUCGGGUACCAGCUCCUCAAGGGCGCAAACCCCACGCUCCUGAGGCGGCACCAGCCUCCCAGCGCGGCUGCUGGUGCCUCCGGGGUCGGAAGAGCCGGAACCCCGGGUUUCUCCGAGGCCGCGGGGGUGUCCUGUUCGUUGCAGGGUCCGGGCACUGCAGAAUCAGGCUGGAUCUCUGUCUGAAGCCGACUUCUCCCUGCUGGAUGGGGUCGAGCCGAACGUCAUCUUAAGACAACAGGGUGUGGCGGCCCCUCUGGUCAUGCUGACGCCCCAGCCGACCGAGACUCUUGCCCACCGUCGCCCAGCGAGUCUUUCACAGACACGGAUCUCCUUUAGGGGCUCCGACGCACAGGCCCCGAGGCCCCACUCUCUCUCCUGGUCAGCCACCGCGCCACGGAUGCCCCCGCCCCCACUGUUCCUGCCCUCCGGUCCCCGCGUGGCCUGGCUGCUGGCCAAGACCUGGGUCCGCGGCUCCCAUCUCCAGCUGUCCCAGCUACAGUCACAACCUGCUGCGGGGACCCUUGAUGGCCGAGGUGACCUCUGUGGCCACAGUGAGGACCCUGCCCGGCCCGCACCCUGCCUGCAAGCUAUUUCGGCAUCUCUCCUGAGUACGGCACUCAGGAAGCAUCUCUGUGGAGUCUGAGCUCGUGG